AUGUUGCUCAUCUCUUAUGACCAUCACUUUGAGACCGAGCGGGCCGUUUCCGCGGAGUCGAGGACUAGAGUGCUGGUAACUCCGCCUCGAAGGAGCCUGCCACAGACUCGUCGUCUUAGGCCCGCGGCCGCCGGCGUCACUCCGCUGCCAGCGCACCGAUUCUACAACUUCGGACACAUCAACGCCAGGUCACUCGCUCCCCGACUCGACGAGAUUAACCUACUACUAGAACAGCAGAAACUGGACAUACUGUGUGUCUCGGAAUCCUGGCUCCGUCCUGACAUCUCCAGCCGCGUGCUCGUCUUCCCUGGCUACACAAUCAGCAGAUGUGACCGCACCGGCCCGCCGCGCUCGAGAGCCCCCCGUGGAGGAGGAGUGGCUAUCCUGACCAGGGAGCAGUUCAGGUUGAACAAGCUGGACAUUGGCGGCGCCGACCCAGCAGUGGAGUCCCUGUGGCUCUCCGUCACGGGCCCAGGCCGGAGGACAGUGAUCGUGGGUGCCAUUUACCGGCCACCCGGCUCAUCCACCGCCAGGGGGCUCGAGCUGAUAGAGGAGCAGCUCCGUGCGGCCACUGCCACUGGCAAACCAUUAGUCGUGCUCGGGGAUUUUAAUUUCUACAUGCUGGACGACUUGAAGCCAGGAACCCGAGACUUCAAACGCAUCAUAAACGACGUCAACCUCAUGCAGCUGGUGGAGGAGCCGACUCACAUCCACCCGACUCCCACGCUGCUCGACCUGAUUUUGACCAACCAGACUGACCUCCAGUCAUCUGCCAGAGUGCUCCCUGAGCCUGUUGCAGACCACCAGCCUGUCAUCUUCAGCGCCCCAGUCGGCCGCCAGCGCCGCCCGCGCCCAGCUCCAGUCACCACCAGGCCGUGGCGACGGAUGAACUGGGACGCCUUCUGUCUCCGUCUCCUGACCGCCGACUGGGACCGGCUCUACAGCACAGCAGCUGUGGACGGGAAGCUGGCGGCGUUCAUGGGUGUCUGGAGUGCGGCGGUCGACGAACUGUGUCCAUUUGUCACCGUGUCCCGACGCCGCCCGGACUGUCCGUGGCUCAGGGACAAUCCUGACAUCGACACCGCGAUAGAGGAGCGCGACACCGCCCGGCACACCUGGCGGCGGAGCCGUUCAGCGGAGGCGCGGCGAGACUACCAGCUCAGUCGCAACAGACUGAAGGGUCUUCUCGCCCGUGCUAAGCGGGAGUUCCUCUGUAACGACCUGCUGACGGACCGUGCUGGGGCCUGUCACCCUGCCGGAGCUGUCUGA